AUGUUACGUCAACGUCAAUGUUCUAUGUAUAAUAAUCGUACUAUUGAUCCAUCAUUGCCUAUUGGAGUACAUUUUGAACCGAAAUAUAAUGUAUUACCAAGUGAACGAUGUAAAUUAAUUUGUAAAGUAACCGAUGAUUAUCUUGAACGAUCAUUUAUCUUCAAUGAUCGUGUUGAUGAUGGUACACCAUGUGAACGUGAAAAUGAAAAUCGAGAUAUUUGUAUAAAUGGUAUAUGUACACCAUUUGGUUGUGAUUUAAAAUAUGGAUCAAAUGCUACAGAAGAUAUUUGUGGUGUAUGUAACGGUCAAAAUCGUACAUGUAAAUUAAUAACAGGACAAAAAAUUGUUUCAAAUUUUGGAAUAACAAAUAUAGUUAAUAUACCAUUUAAUACAAUACAUGUUAGUAUAACACAAAUAUCAUCAAAAAAAGAUAGUUAUUAUUUAGCAGUCAAAUAUAUAAAUGGAACAUAUAUUCUUAAUGGUUUACGUAGUUUACAAUUAUAUAAUAUUAAAAUUCUUAUUGGUAAUGCUCGACUUUUGUAUAGUGGAUCAGAUUCUAUAAAUGAAAGUAUUUUAAUAAUUGGUCGUCUUAAAGUUCCGUUAGACAUUCAAGUUAUUUCAAAUUAUCAAUCAGAUUCAUCAUCAACAAUAGUUCAUUGGGAAUAUUAUAUUUCAUUUGAAGAAAAAGAUUUAAUUGAACAAUAUGGAGAUUAUUCAUUGGAUUAUUAUUGUGAUCGACCAUGUCAAGGUUUUAAACAAAUUAAAAAAUGUAUUAUUUAUGAAAAAGAAUAUAAUUUAAUAUAUUGUUUAAUUUUUAAAAUACCAUUGAAAUAUAUAAAAGAAGAAUGUAAUAAUCAUUGUAUAUUAAGUUGGAUUAUAAAAUAUCAACAAACUUGUUCAACGCAAUGUGGUGAUGGUUAUAGACGUGUUUUAUAUGAAUGUACAAAAAUAAGUUCAAGUAUAGAAUCAAUAGAUGAAGAUAUUUGUAGAAAAUAUAUUGGUGAAAAACCAAAAGAUAUUAUAUCGUGUUUUGGAGAUUGUACUGGUACAGGAUGGGUUUAUGGAAAUUGGAGUGAUUGUUAUUACGAUGGAAAUUGUAUCCGUAAACGAUCAAUUGAAUGUCGAAAUUCAUCGAAUUUAGUGAUAGCGACCGAUUAUUGUAUAUCAGAUUUUAUGUUUGAUAUUGAACGAUGUGCUGAAGCGAAUUGUGAACAAUCAAGAUGGAGUUUUACUACAUGGUCUGAUUGUGAUUGUAUUUCGAAGCAUCGUCGACGAAAUGUUUCUUGUGUUUAUUAUGGUAAACAAGUUAGUGAUCAAGAUUGUUCAUAUCAACCUAAACCAAAUGAAACAAUAUCAUGUUUUAAUGAAUGUUUUACACCAUAUUGGCAAACAUAUUCAUGGGAACCAUGUACGGCGACAUGUUCAUCACAUAAAGGUAUUCGUCAUCGUCAUGUUGUUUGUUCUCAUCAUGAUUCAAUUGUACAUGAUGAUUAUUGUGAUCAUCAAUUGAAACCUAUUGAACAAGAAUCGUGUACAACGAAUAUUAUUUGUUUAACGUGGUUUACGGGUGAAUGGUCAUCUUGUUCAGUUACAUGUGGUCAAGGUUUUCAACAACGUAUAGUUUAUUGUAGUGAUCCAUUACGUCCAUGGUUUCGUAUAUCUGAUAAUGAAUGUCAAACUUUCUUAGGUGAAAACAGUAAACCAAAUGAACAACAAAAUUGUUCAAUUACAGAAUGUCCUUAUUGGCAAAUAAGUUCAUGGAGUACUUGUUCAGGUAAAUGUGGUUUAGCAAAACGUUAUCGACGUAUAUUAUGUUUGCAUAAUGAACUUGAAAUUAAUAAUAAUUAUUGUUUACAAAUUUAUAAUGAAAAACCUUCAACAGUAGAAAUAUGUAAUCAAAAAUUUUAUUGUCCUCAUUGGACAACUGAUAUAUGGUCUGAUUGUUCGGUAACAUGUGGAAAUGGAAUUCAAUAUCGUUCAGUUUUAUGUAAAAAUCAAGAUAAAAUAGUUUUAGAAGAAGAAUGUAAUGAUCAUGAUAGACCUAUAAUGAUAAAACAAUGUCGCAUGAUUCCUUGUCAGAAUGAUAUACCAAUUUGGAUAACAAGUGAUUGGACACAAUGUGAUCUUCGAACUUGUUUACAAAGGCGGACCAUUCAAUGUAUUAAUUCAAUAACUAGACAAAAUUUAUCUAUGUUCUCAUGUACACAAAAUCAAGUUCAACCAUUAAUAAAUCGAAUCUGUCCAAUAGCGGAUUGUUUACAAUGGCGUGUAGCUCAUUGGCAUGGUUGUCCAAUUAAAUGUGGUCUUGGUAUUGAAUAUGGUUCAGGUUUUCAUUGUUAUACUCGUCAUAUGCCAAUAAGAAAAUUAAAUAUAAGAGAAUGUGAAUUAGUUCGACCUCAAUUAGUAAAACCAAUAUUAAAACGAAUUUGUCGAAGAAAUUGUAUUGAAUGGAGAACAAGCGAUUGGAAUGAGGUAAAGAUUUGCAUUUUCAAUGCAAAUGAAGAUAUAGAUACACACUAG